AUGAAUCCACAGGUUCCGGUCGUUAACUCCACAGAAAUACCAACUGGUUCCGAUUACGAUGGUUCAGAAAUACAGGUUCCGGUCGAUAACUCCUCAAAAACACCUACUGGUUCCGAUUCCGAUGGUUCAGAAACACAGGUUCCGGUCGAUAGUUCCUCGGAAAUACCAACUGGUUCCGACUACGAUGGUUCACAAACACAGGUUCCGGUCGAUAACUCCUCAGAAACACCUACUGGUUCCGAUUACGAUGAUUCAAAAACACAGGUUCCGGUCGUUAGUUCUUCGGAAAUACCGACAGGUUCCCACCACGAUGAGUCAGAAACAGAAAUUCCAGUCGAUAACUCCUCAGAAAUACCAAGUGAUUCCGACUGCGAUGGGUCAGAAACUCAGGCUCCAACCGAUAAUUCCUCUGAAAUACCAACUGGUUCAGAUUACGAUGAAUCAGAAACUCAGGCUCCAACCGAUAAUUCCUCUGAAAUACCAACUGGUUCAGAUUACGAUGAAUCAGAAACUCAGGCUCCAAUCGAUAAUUCCUCAGAAAUACCAACUGGUUCAGAAACACAGGUUCCAGUCGAUGUUUCCUCAGAAAUACCAAGUGUUUCUGACAACGAUGAGUCAGCGACACUAACUGAAUCCAACCCCGGUGAGUGGGCAGCAUAA